CGUCAAUCUUGAGUCAUUCGAUGAUGCGACUCUUGAGCUUUGCAGAUCUGUUGUUGUGUUCAAUAAUGUCAUCGUAAAUUUACUCAAGCGAAUUCGGCGUUGCCGUUGAAUUUGGGUUUUUCUUCUUCAAGAAUGACGGCAAGGAACUGGAUUGCCUCUGUUUUACAUGCCAAUAAGAGCUACCGCCAAGAAAACGGGAGCGGAGCGGUAUCUCUUGGUAAUUCAUCACGUGUAUAGGUAGUCUAUAGGUACCUAGGUUGGAUCCACCUCAUCCAUGAUUCGGCUGAUGUUGCAGGUGAACACAUCCAAGCGAUCUCUCGUAUCUUUGACAAUUCCAACCUCACAAAGUAACCAGUAACCAGUCCUCGUUCAUAUGGUCUUGGCCUAAACACUAGCCACACCUAUUCAAGUUAUCACUGGCGCUUCGAACCCUUGUGCUUACUUCAACGGCUUUUACCGACCAUCCACAAGCCCCUCCUUCAACAACCACAUCCACCAAAGAUUUAGCUUAUCACACAUGGUAGUAGAACAAGAACCUGUCGAUCAACCUUCAACGUUCCUCCCUCGUCGAUUUGAGCAUUCUUCUCCUCUUCACCCGUAUCACCACCCCUCACUCACCCCGCACAAUCAUGUCCCCUUCCCCGGCUUUUCCGCCCUACCAACCACAUCGAAACUCGCAAUCUUUUGAUCCCAAUACUCCACCUGCACCUCCACCAAAACCAAGUAGUCAAGAAGUUAGUCGACGUAGUACACCUGCUGGGACACAACCCUUGCCUCUGCCCCCUCCACAGCCAGACACCAUCGGUAGUCAGAGACCGGGGCCAGAAGAUCCCCAAUCACUACAGCAUGCUCGGUUCAACCCAGGAAGAGUAGAAUCACAAAUACAAGAUCCUGGGGAAUCAUGGCUUCCUAAAAUUUUGGAAGACAAAACGUAUGUGAACUUACCAUCCACCUGAUCACCUUUAAACUGACUUUACUACUUUUUUAGAAAACAAGAUAUCGCUGACGUCUUGGCAAAUCCCGGUCUUCUGGCCGCUCUAGCACAUUCAACUUUAACUGCUCAUCCUUCCAUUGCAUCUGCUCAAGAACCUUUGCAAGCCGCUUUGGACGAGAAUAUUGCUCUUGCUUCACAUUUGAAUGAACUGGAAGCACGUCUGACCCACUUGAGGUUAUCCACGCAAGCACAGCUUCUCUCAACCCACGCCUUGGAGCGGCAAUGGAAGCAGAAACAAUCUGAAAUGGAUCGAGCCUUGGCACCGUUUGGACAACGAUCCCUUCACCAGAUGCUUAGCCAGGGAAUACAGGAGCAAGAAAUGGUAUGUCGUGCUGUAGAAGAAAGUUUCCUGGAAGGCGAUGGCGAUACGGCAACUGAAAAGGAGGUUGUUGAGUGGACCAGGAGGUAUCGAGAUGCAAAGAAAACCUACUAUUCUCGUCGGGAACGGAAGGAGAGGUGGGAUGAAGGUCGUGUCGGUGGAUGGAGAUCGUAAAAGCGGAUCGAGACGUGGUUUGAAAUUAUUCGACAACUAUUUUAUUCGUCAUCAUGCACGAUUUGUGAUGUUGUAAUGCCUAGUACCCAGGAAAAGGCUACCUUUCAACUGCAGAGGUUCUUCACGAAUUUUUCGGAUCCGCUUAUCUUCUCAGAGGCCACCACCGAUGGGAUCGCCAUGUGUACGAUACCAAAUAGGUCUUUUAUCGGAGCACCAAUGCGAGAUACGAUGACGUAUAUCGUCAUUUGUUUUCAUGUACUCGAGUACCUGUAUGUCUUUGAAGGAGCGACAGAAUCCAAACGAGUACUACCAGAGAAACUCACAAGUGGUACACCCGUUUGUGCCUGACCUUGAGCCGUGCUUGCUUUCCCACGAACACAGAGUCCGACGGCAUGAUGCAGGAAGCGCAGAACACCAACAAUAACACCGACGUCCAACAUAUCCUGAAACCAUUCUUUCCCCAGAAAAUGGGAAUCGCACAACUGCAUCGCGAUAUGGAAAUAGAAUGAUCACAGCAUGGAAAGUCUACCAGCUAGUUGCAACCAACCAGCCGGUCCAAUAUAUACUGUAUAUCCGAACUUGACGUUUGCUUUCUAAGUACUGUACCGAAAUAAGGAAAAUACCUGACUGA